AUGCAGGAUGCCUUGAAGAAGUUCAACGCGCGGGUGCUAGAGGAGAACGAAAAGGAAGAGGCCCGUAAGAACCGCCAUAAUAGCCGCUCAAAUUCGUGGGAUUCACUCAUGGUCGCACUACCCGUUGCCCACUCACCCUUGUCGGUAGUCUCCGCGCCACCGCCGAAGCACAACCCUCUGCACACCCCACCUAGCAGAGAUAACAGUAGAAGUGCCAGCAGCAGCAGCGGCGGCAUGGUCCCAACGACGCUCACGAGCGCGGCAUCGCUGCCACCGCGCGUGACGACGGUGUCACAGAUUUCACCGAAGCCCUCAUCGCCUCGCAGCAACCGAGUGACGGCGACGACCACCAGCAGCAACCAUUCAUCCUCGUCGGUCCCCGCUAGCGUCCCGCGCGGCUCCGCCAACUCUUCGGAGAACGGCACCACUCUACACACGACCCCCUCUUCGUCCUUCUUUGCUCAAGGUCUGCGCUGCGGGCUGCCGCGCACUGUAAAGCUGGAGCAGCAGCAGCUCGGAUCCGCCCGUACCUUACAGGCGGCAGCGUCGCAGAGCCAUACGCGGCUAUCCCCAACCUCGUCAUCGCGAGAUGAAGUGAACACGCCUCCCAUCGUUGACACGCCACGUCCGGCCAAGACAGUAGUUGGUAAACCGCAAAUCGAAGCACCCAGGCUACCGCCGUCCCCACGCACUGCGUCGCCGGCUAUACCCAACCUCCCAGGCCGUUACGUACAAGUCAGCAGUGCGGACGAGCAGAAGAACUCGCAGUCCACAGUGGAGAACCCAUUGAUAGGGCCGAUGCCGCUAAUGCCAUCUCCGUCGCUAGUGGUGGGUCCAGUGUACUCGGCUGUUGAGAUACAGGAGAGCACAUCGCUGUCGACGGGCUCAUCCAAUGGUCGCUGGGGCCCCUCGAGCGACGCCAAGCGCCCCUCUGUGAGCAGCAGCAACGGCGGACAAGCGGGAGCUGACAAGACCAUCACCACCACGCCUGGCGUCAGCCGCGCCACAACCUUACAGCCGAUGCGCCAGCCGACGCAGCCCGUACUGCGCAAGAACCAUCGCAUAGACGAGCUCAACGACAUCCGCGAAGAGGCCCCAGCUGAGCAAUCAAGCGCCACGCUGUCCCACAACACCCCCGGAGCACUGCCCCGAACUUCGUCGCCCUCCUCCUCGGCGUCGCAAAAUUGUGGCGCAUCGAACGGGCGCCCACCGGCGUCGCCAAGCCGCUCCGACGAACCCCAUGAUGCGGGGCCACAUCGCCUGUCACAUGCCCACUCCAACGGAAGUGACGACAGCUCCCCAGUCACGGAGCUGCCUCUCUUCAGCUCCACCGACGAGCGGCCUGGCAAGUGCAGCCCGAACAGCACGGCAGCGAAGGAGACGGUGGCCACGAUCACGGCUCCUAAGUCACCGAAAUUUAUCAACAGCAGUCCCGCCGCAGAGCAAAGUCCUUCCAGUGCGGCCUCAACGAGGGUUCCUCCAUUGGCUAAUGGCAGUAGUGGUGGUAGCUUAACGCAGUGCCCAGGCUCUGCGCUGAACCACAGCGGGCGCUACUCACCGGCGCGUGGUAACCCGAACGCAAGCACGUCCGCUGGCCGCCACGCGAACGACCAGCACCAAUCCUCCGCGGGCACCGCGAUCCCGGACGACGACGCGGAGACAGCCGCACUGAGCUCGUACUUAAUGGAGGAGGACUUGAACCUGUCCCUGUCCACGUUCAACAGGAUCGGCUCAACGCUCGCCCAGUCGCUGACACUGCGUGUGCUGAACCUGAAGGGCAGCACUAUUUCCAGCGAGGGACUGCGCGGGCUGGCAGACAUUUCAACGCUCAAGUCGAUCGGUGUGUCGCACAUGCGCUACUUGACAACGUUAGCGCCACUUGUGACGCCCACGGCGAGGGCGAAUGGCCGGCACUGCGGAAUCGAGGAAAUCGACGCACAGUUCUCAUCCUUGACGAACGAGGGCAUUGGGGGUUUGGAGAAGCUGCGGUGGCUGCGUCGACUCGACUUGAGCAUGACCCCGAUCAGCGACGUAACGGGUCUUGCUGCCAGCCACUCCCUAAAGGACCUCUACCUCAACGGCACACGCGUGGACAGCCCAGGCCUCGCCGGGCUGGAACAGCUGCCGACGCUUUCCCUGCUGAAUAUCGCGCGCACCAAGGUGACAUCGCUGAAACAGGUCGCCAAGUCGCGCUCUAUUCAGACACUCAUCGCGUACAGCUGCCAGAUAACGGACGACGGCUUCAUUGGGGUCGGCGAGAUGCCGCGACUCAGCACACUCGAUGUGAGCACCACGAAAGUUACGAACUUGUCGGUGCUGCAGAAGAGCCCCUCCCUGAAGUCACUGCGGGCGCAGUGGCUCAGCCUCAAGAACUGCCACGACAUUAUACAGCAGCGGCGUGCGCAGAUGGAUGGCCUAACGCCAGACAACUCCGUGGCUUGGCGCGACACUGAGGCGGGCUUUGCUGGACUCGCGAACAUCCCGACGCUCGAGUCGCUUGACAUGUCCUUCAACACAAUCCGAAGCCUUCACUCGCUCUGCCGCAGUAAGUCGCUCAAGCGCCUCCUCUUGCGCCGCACGCGUGUGGACAAUGACGGCAUCGGCGGCAUCGCUCAGCUCGCAGGGACCCUUGAGACGCUUGUCAUUACGAAUUUGACAGACAUCCUCGACGAGAACGACGAGACUGAGGCCAGUGCAGCGUUGAACGGGGCGAGCGGACUUCUCAGCAGCAUUGGGGACAUUCAUUCGAUGCACCGCCUCACCUCCAUCGACCUCUCCUUCACGGAUGUCUACGACCUGCGCCUGCUGCAGGACCUUCGCACGCUCCGCGAGCUCGUUAUCGUCGAGACGCUGGUCACAGUCGACGGCCUACGCGGCAUUGAGAAGAUCCCUACGUUGGAGACGUUGGACAUCUCACAGACGAGCAUCCUGUCGCUCCAAUUUCUCGCCAGCGGCGCCCCGGCCCUCAAGAGCAUCCUUGUGAAAUCAAAUCGCAAUGUCCGCGGCUUCAAGCUUGGCCGUAUUGACGAGCUACGCGCGCUGCAACACCUCGACGUCAGCGACACCGUCGUGGAGGAUAUCGAGGCAGCGCUGAAGUCGGCGUGGCGACUCAAGAAACUCGUUUGGCGGUGGAAAGAUCGACGCGACAGCAAGGGUCCAGCGCCGGCACUGGAGUGCUGGGUGACGUCUCCACGCCUGGCGCGCAUGAACGCGAUGCCGUGUCUAACGACACUUGACCUGACAAACAGCUCCGUGCACGAUCUUGCCUUCCUCGAACGAUCCACGUCGCUCAAGACGCUAUACCUCAAGUGUUGCCGCCUUCUGCGCAACGGCGCCGUAAAAUCCCUAGGCACCUUGCCAGGACUGGAGGUGCUCGAGCUGACCGACAACCGCCACAUUUCAGACGUGACGUGUCUGCGCACCUGCCGUCGUCUGCGAGAGCUGCACCUCCACCACACAUACGUGACCAAGGCAGGGCUAAAGGGAGUGACCGACCUUCCGGAGCUGAAGGUGCUGGACAUUGCCAAUACGCGCGCCGAGGACGACGUCAAGGACGAGGACGUCAACGGAGCGAUGGAACGCAGCCGCCUGCUAGAGGACUCGAAUCUACGCGAGGGGAGCACGCUGCUGGACAGCUCCGCGGCCCCAGCCCAAUUUCGCGUGCCACGGCGACGCCGCGUCUCCUUCGUCGCCAGCGAUGGCAGUGAAGCCGUUCCACGCAAGCCGGACCGAUGCGAGUAG